UUGAGCAAGUCGCAUCGUUUAUAAUAUAUUCAGACUAAUCCAGCCAUCAUGGCGAACAUUAGAAUCGUAUUCUAUCUUGUUGUCUUGAUGGUUGCCAGUGCAGAAGGUGGUGGCGAUGGCCCUUCCACAGAUGAGUACUUCUUGUACAAAAACGGUGCCUGUGCCCAUAACGACGGUACAUCUAUUGACAUCUCCAGUGUCCCGCUCGGAAGCAGCGUUAAAGUCCGUUUGCAAUAUGGAGCCUGGUAUGAAAAGUCCGACGAAAACUGCUCUCUGGCCUUCACCUACAAUUCGCCUACACCAACGCUGUUCCUUGCGAAAUCAACGACUCCGUUGUGGAUUGACGAGGAAGUCUGUGUCACACUGUUUGACGGCAACACCACCUCGGCAAGCUCCAUGUUGCGCAAGUGCGGACUUCGCUUCUACGACGACACCGUGUUCCUUACCACAGGACCUGCCAUUCUUUUCGGCGUAGACGCCUCAGACGGAAUCAGAUAUAAUGAUCGGCUCACCUACUCGCUCACAACGUUUGCAGUAGAAGCGAACUACUUCAUGGAGGACUUCUGUUCGAACGACACACUGGUGCAUCCCAAUAAAACCAUUUGGCUUCAUACCAACAGGGGCAGUCAGUACAGUAAUUCCAAAACCUGCACUAUGAUGCUGUACACCCAGAUUAACCACAGGUUGCUGGUUAGAUUUCAUCGUUUUUCACUGGAGGAUUAUGAUUGCCUGACGUACUAUGAGGGAAGCGGGACAAAUGGCGAUGACUUAUUACUAGAGUUAUGUGGAAAGUAUGGCAGUUCUUAUUUUACAGUUGAGACUUAUGGCCGUUUCCUGACGGUCAAGUUUAAAACGGAUUCUCAAGGCACAGACGAUGGGGUAAUCAUGGUGAUCACGUCGACUUCUGAAGAUUGGGAGUGUCCUUAUUACUCUGGUCUAAUCAAGUGCACAGAUAACCCGGUUUGCUAUUUGUUGAGUGACAUCUGCGAUGGUUUUCCUGAUUGUCCGGACGGUAGUGAUGAGAAGAACUGUACUAAUUGUGACUCAGGAAUUGUCUGCCCUACUCACGAGAACACGAGGCUGUGCAUUCCAGUGGAAGAGCUGUGCAAUGGAGUUACCGACUGCUGGCAUAACCAAGACGAAACAGAUAGCCGUUGUGAUUGUCCAUCGGAUGGAAUUCAUUGCCGGGAUGCUUCCGGCUUCCCCCUUUGCGUUCGAACUCCUGAAAUUUGUGAUGGAUAUCCUGAUUGCCGAGACGGAGACGACGAGGAAGACGCACUUUGCGACGAUAGUUGUUCGUCGAAUUUUUACUGUUAUCAACUAAACAAUGGCAACCAGUACAGCUGUCUACCAUCUUCUAAGAUUUGCGACUUUGUAGUCGACUGCACUGAUGGCAAGGAUGAAGACUAUUCUCGAUGUGGCACCGAAGAACCCUGUGCGUUUCACUGCUUCUAUUCACCUGGUAACAACUGUCUGCCAUCUCAUAAGGUUUGCGACUCUGUGGUCGACUGCUAUGCCGGCGAGGAUGAAUUCGCAUCUUUUUGUAACUGUGAAUCGGGAGUCCGUUGCCAAAGUAUCUACGGCCCUUUCUACUGCAUUGACGAACGGGCUCUUUGUGAUUCGAACGCAGACUGCAUUCACGGAACGGACGAAAGCUCUGAACUUUGCGAGCCUCCGAUCCUCUCGUACUGGUCUUCGGGUGAGCUGGCUGGUAUCUUCAUUGGCUACAUCAUCUUCGCUGUCUUCGUCGUGGCCAUCACGUGUCUCAUCCCAAAGAAAUGCAAACCUGUCGAUGAGUGACCUGUAGACAGAGAUUCCCAAGAAAACGGGGAUUGCUACAGAUAUUGAAACACUAAGGAUGUGAAGUAUUCACCGCAUAUCAAAUUCCUGAUGAUUCAAAGCGUUGAAGAGCUAAAGAUUUUGUGUAUUAUAUCGCUGGAAUUUAUUCCAUAAAAGAAUCGUUUCUGUAAAGAUACAUGCACAUGUCUAUAAAUAUGGGGUUUUUUUUUAAUGUGGCACGAUUUUUCCAAACUAUUUUCAUUAAUUUCACACGUUUGAAUCUG